GAAGCAAUGAUGGGAGGCGGUGAUUUGUCUACAUACAUAAAGGAGCUCUGUCUUACCUGAGGAGACAAGUACACAGGAGGCUGCGACAGUGAGAGCUUGAGCUACAAAGGACAGGCACAAUUACCUAAAAGGGACUAGGAUAUAAUACAUCCACUGUUAAGAUCUACAUUCAAGAAUGGGUUUCUCCCUGCCUAAUUUCCUCAAGUGCUGCAACAGGAAAGCCAGCAAGGACCUCACGGAUUCAACUGAAAACACAGAUGAGAACACAGAACGUGGAAACUGGUCUAGUAAAUCAGAAUAUCUCCUGUCUAUGGUGGGAUAUGCUGUUGGCCUGGGCAAUGUCUGGAGAUUUCCAUAUUUAACAUUUCAACAUGGAGGAGGUGCCUUUCUUAUCCCAUAUACCAUCAUGCUGGCUCUGGCAGGUUUACCUCUCUUCUUUCUGGAAUGUUCCCUUGGUCAAUUUGCUAGCUUAGGACCCGUGGCUGUGUGGAGGAUACUUCCAAUCUUUGAAGGAGUUGGAAUUACAAUGGUCCUUAUUUCAACUCUAGUAACAAUUUACUACAAUGUCAUCAUUGCAUACAGCCUGUACUAUCUGUUUGCUUCAUUUACAAGUGUGUUACCUUGGUCGGAGUGCUUUGAUUGGUCUGACAGCAAGUGCAGCAAAGUGCCCAAAGGCAUUUGUAACAUUACUCAACUGCCAAAUGAAAGUGUAAAUCUUACCUGGGUCACAGAAAAUAAUUACACAUGCUUGGCAAACACGACUGUGUUUUUGGAGACUGAACUUCCCAGCAAACAAUAUUGGGAUAAAGUGGCACUUCGUCGAUCCAGUGGACUUGAUGAAACAGGAAAUGUUGUCUGGUAUUUGGCCCUUUGCCUCCUCUUGGCAUGGAUAAUAAUUGGUGCUGCUUUGUUUAAGGGUAUAAAGUCUUCAGGAAAGGUGGUGUAUUUUACGGCCAUAUUUCCCUAUAUUGUGCUAUUCAUUCUUCUGAUACGAGGGGUUACGCUGGAAGGAGCGUCUGACGGAAUUAGUUUUUAUAUUGGAAAGCAGUCAGACAUUUCAAAACUGGCUAAUGCGGACGUUUGGAAAGACGCUGCUACGCAAAUUUUCUUCUCUCUGUCAGUGGCGUGGGGUGGACUGACAGCUCUUUCGUCCUACAACAAAUUUCACAACAAUAGUUAUGGCGAUGCCAUAAUGGUGUGUGUAACCAACUGCCUCACCAGUGUGUUUGCUGGAUUUGCCAUCUUCUCUAUACUUGGUCACAUGGCUUUUAAAGCACAGAAACCAGUAAAAGACGUAGUGGACUCAGGAUUUGCAUUGGCAUUCAUUGCAUACCCAGAAGCUCUGUCACAGCUGCCCGUGGCUCCACUCUGGUCAGUUCUGUUCUUCUUCAUGCUGCUCACCUUAGGACUUGAUUCGCAGUUUGCAUCUGUGGAAACAAUUACAACCACCAUUCACGACGCAUUUCCAGCAGUGAUGAAGAAGAUGAGAGGUGUUAUCACUGUAGGAGCCUGUAUUAUGUUUUUCUUAUUUGGACUUGUCUGCGUCACUCAGGCAGGAAUAUAUUGGGUAGAUCUAAUUGAUUAUUUCUGCGCUGGAUGGGGAAUACUUAUUGCUGCUAUUCUUGAACUUGUUGGGAUUUGCUGGAUUUAUGGAAUUAAUCGCUUCAUUGAAGACAUUGAAAUGAUGAUUGGGAAAAAGAGCUGGCUAUUUUGGCUGUGGUGGAAAAGUUGCUGGUUUUUUAUUACUCCCCUUUUGCUAAUGGCUAUUUUAUUAUGGUCCUUGAUUACUUUCAGUUCUCCAACGCAUGGUGAUGUUGAAUACCCUGUUUGGGGUGUUAUUUUGGGAUGGUGUAUGAUCAUUUUCUGCAUCAUUUGGAUACCCAUAUUAGCAAUUGUGAAGAUAUGUAGGGGUCAUGGAUCUCUUUGCCAGCGUUUUCGGAAGAUCUGCACCCCAACUGCAGAAUGGGGUCCAGCUCUGGAGAAGCAUCGUACUGGAAAAUAUCAAGGCACAACUAGCAUCCAGAAAGGUGCCAAGGAUUUGGAAAUCCCUACAAUUGAAGGCGGAUACGAUAACAAAGCUUUUUCUUAAACUUAGUGAAAAGCAACACCAAGCCCGGAACGUGCUGCAUGUAGCUUUUGCUACAAAGUGAUUUUAUUUUCAGCAAAGACAAUUUCAUUAUUUCUACAGGACUUGGAAUGUUUAUAUUCAUCUGAUUUUAGUAAUUUUUACAAAUUUUUAUUUAUAAACUUUUAGAAAAAAGAAUGGCAUAGCAACAAUACCAUCUUGUCUAUACACAUUCAAAGAAGACUUCAACCUUAAAUGUGUCCAUUGGUACAUUUUUAAACAUCAGGCAUUGAGCUAUAGGUGUCUGAGCGCUCAUAUGUAAAAAGUAACUAUUAAAAUACAUUGUAUUUUGGAUGUUAAGCGUCUUACAGCUUCAAGAUAUAAAACAUUCAGGUGUGAAUUGAGUCUAAGGCAGAGCAAUGAUGAGGUGCUGAGCACAGUUACCCAUAAAAGGUGAUUGUAGUUUAUUGUACUAAUAUUAGCAGGACUUUUUUUUCAGCUGGAACUUGGUGGAAACUCAGUUCCACCACCUCCAGCUCGGGCCCUCUGCUCCCUGCUCACCACACACAGAAGCAGGACUUCUGUGUUUGCAAUUGACAGCUUGGCUCCCUUAGAUAUGAUCUCCUGAGUGGCUCCCACUGAGUGCAGGAUGGGAAGAAAGGGGAUGCAGGUGCCCAGGGUGUGUGCAGGGCAUGGUUGAGUUCCUGCACCUAUACUCUGAGAAAAAAGCCCUGAAUAUUAGUAAAGAGAUGUUAUUGUGCAGAUCAUCAUUUUAAUUACAAAUCUGAACACACCUAGCAAAGUUCUGUUAACUGCCGACUGUAUUAAACAGCACAUACUGUAGAGCCGGUUCACACAGGGGUGUCCUGUCAGGCGCCUGUUUGUGAACCGGCUCUGAUUCUGUUUUUAAAGUCAG